ACUAAAACUAAUAGUAGAAUGGACACCGUGAACACUUCCCUCGCUGAUUCCACAGAGAUUCAGACAGGAGUAAGUGAUAUUAUGCAGAAAUACACAGACGGGAGUUUGGGACACGGCAGGAUCUCCGUGCGUAAUUUUGGAGACGCGGGGUCUCUACAGAGCGGCGCGCCUGGAUCAAGCAGCGAAGCGCUCACACAGCUUUCAGUCCUUGAUAUGGCACUCGGUAACAAAACUUUUCCUGAUCACAUGGAUGAAUUUGUGAAAGUCGAACCCGAGCAGUGGAGCGCAAUGUCAGGCAAAGCGCUCAAGGAGAUAGAUGUGCCGGGGAACUCUGACACGAGUGCGUUUAUCAAAGAUGAGAAGGAGCAAUCUCUGAUUAUGGAGGCUUCUCACACUGAUGUCGACCUCGGGUUAAGCGUUAGCACUCUGGGUAGCUGCUACGACCCGAGCGAAAGGAAACAGCAUUGCGGGUACAUUGAAGACACCUCAACUUUGCUCUCAUCCCAAGUUGCCCAAAAGGUCGUUGAGGACAGUUCUUCUAACUACCAGCUGGACAUGAAUCAAUCGAACGCACUAGUUUUGCCACCUCAGAGAAGAGCAUCACCUUCUCUCGGUAGGGGUAUGGUGAGUUUCGAUGGAACGAGAGCAUCUCCAAUGAUGCCCAAAAAUGACAUGUCCAAAUGGGUGGUCCAGCAGUCCCGAGAGGACUCUCAGUUCUGGUACCAGUCCAAUGUGAACGAAGAGCACGCUGGCUAUUCUUCACCCCACAGCUUCAUGCAGCGCUCACUGACAGCCUACACUACAUUCCCUGGGUUUCCAUCUCAAAGACUGUGUGUUAUAUGUGGAGAUGAGGCUUCGGGUUGUCACUAUGGAGUUCUUACCUGUGGAAGCUGCAAGGUGUUUUUCAAGAGAGCUGUGGAGGGUCACAAUAACUACCUGUGUGCUGGACGCAAUGACUGUAUUGUUGAUAAAAUCAGGAGGAAAAAUUGUCCUGCUUGUCGUCUUAGAAAGUGCUACCAGGCGGGGAUGAUGCUUGGAGGCCGUAAGAUGAAGCGGUUUGGUGGUUUGAAGGUCAUGGGUUUGAGUCCAUCGCUAAUGUUCCAGAGCCCGUUAGCCCUGAUGGCUGAGGGUCAAUCUCUGUCCUCCCUGCCAUGUCUACCAGCCAUCCGUGAGCUGCAGCUGUCUCCACAGAUGAUCAGUAUUCUAGAGAGCAUUGAGCCACAGAUGGUCUUCUCUGGCUAUGACAGCUCACAACCAGAGCUUCCUCACCUUCUUCUCAACAGUCUCAACAGACUCUGCGAGAGGCAGCUGCUCUGGAUUGUCAGAUGGUCCAAGUCUCUUCCAGGUUUUCGCAAUUUGCACAUCAACGACCAGAUGACACUGAUCCAGUAUUCCUGGAUGAGUUUAAUGGUGUUCUCGCUGGGUUGGAGGACCUUUCAAAAUGCCACCAAUGAUUACCUGUACUUUGCACCAGACCUCAUCCUAAGUCAUGAUCAGCUGAAGAGGUCUCCGAUUUCCGACCUGUGCUUGGCUAUGCAGUUCAUUCCACAGGAGUUUGCCAACCUUCAAGUGACCAAGGAGGAGUUUCUGUGCAUGAAGGCUUUGAUGCUCCUCAAUACUGUCCCUCUGGAGGGCUUGAACAGCCAGACACAGUUUGAUGAGAUGAGACAUAACUACAUCUGUGAGCUGACAAAGGCCAUCCAGAUGACAGAGAAAGGAGUGGUCGCCAGCUCUCAGAGAUUCUACCACCUCACCAAACUCAUGGACACCAUGCACGAGAUUGUGAAGAAGGUCAACCUCUACUGCCUGAGCACAUACAUCCAGGCCGACGCCAUGAAGGUGGAGUUUCCAGAGAUGAUGUCAGAGGUCAUUGCGUCACAGCUUCCAAAAGUUCUGGCUGGCAUGGUCAAACCCCUCUUAUUUCACAACAAGUGAAGUCAUGAUUUGUUAUUUAAAUGUAAGGAGAUCUUUUCUGGUGUAUUUUAUUGUUAUAAUUUGCCCUUACUGAACAGACGGCCUGCAAGCCACAUCUGGCUUGUUAGCUUUUUUUGUGUGACCCUUGAAAUGCCUUGCUAGUCAUUUAUAUUUAUCAUAAUUAGCGACCAAAAAGUGGCGUGAAAAUUGGGCAGUUUUUUUUAUUAUUAUUUUUUUUAUCAAAUGCAAUAUUGUAUGACAAUGGGAAAAUACACACUUUAUUAAAUAUUAUUACUUAUAGGGGAGACCAGGGCUAGUUGUUUCACAAGGAAGUUGACACAAAGGCUAUA